CUGAUGCAAGGGGAGGCCCGGCUGGCGGCGGCCGCUGCCGCAUCGGAGCGCUCGGCCCUCGGCUGAGCCGGCCUGGGCGGGCAAUGAAUGGCUGCUGCGGCUGCGAGGCGAGGGCGAGCUGAGCCCUGCGCGGAGACCGCCCCUGUGCACAGCAAACCCCCCGCCGCCUCCCCACCCCCACCCCACGCCAGGAGGAGACGACUAUGGCGCAGACGCUGCAGAUGGAGAUCCCCAACUUCGGCAACAGCAUCCUGGAGUGCCUGAACGAGCAGCGUCUGCAGGGGCUGUACUGCGACGUCUCGGUGGUGGUGAAAGGCCACGCCUUCAAGGCUCACCGGGCCGUCCUGGCGGCCAGCAGCUCCUACUUCCGGGACCUUUUCAACAACAGCAAGAGCGCGGUGGUGGAGCUGCCGGCGGCGGUGCAGCCCCAGUCCUUCCAGCAGAUUCUCAGCUUCUGCUACACGGGCCGGCUGAGCAUGAACGUGGGAGACCAGUUCCUGCUGAUGUACACGGCCGGCUUCCUCCAGAUCCAGGAGAUCAUGGAGAAAGGGACUGAGUUCUUCCUGAAGGUCAGCUCCCCCAGCUGCGACUCCCAGGGCCUGCACGCCGAGGAGACCCCUUCCUCCGAGCCCCAGAGCCCCGUGGCCCAGACCUCCACCUGGCCCUCCUGUAACACCCCCUUGCCCCUGGUGUCCCGCGUCAAGACAGAGCAGCAGGAGUCGGACUCCGUCCAGUGCACUUUCGUGGUCAAGCGGCUCUGGGACAACGGCCAGAAGGAGGGAGGAGGCGGUGGAGGUGGGGGAGGAGGAGGCAACAACGGGAGCCGCAAAAUGGCCAAGUUCUCCACGCAGGACCUUGGAGGCAACCGGCAGCAGCAGCAGCAGCAGGGGGCGCAAGCAGGAGGAGGAGGCGGGUCCGGCGUGGUUAGCGGGCCCAGCACGUCCGACCAGACCAGCCCCGGCACGUCCAGCGCCUACACGAGCGACAGCCCAAGCUCCUAUCACAACGAGGAGGAUGAAGAGGAGGACGCGGCCGAGGAAGGCUCCGAUGAGCAGUACCGGCAGAUCUGCAACAUGUACACGAUGUACAGCAUGAUGAAUGUAGGGCAGACAGCAGCAGCAGCCGCAGAGAAGGUGGAAGCCCUGCCCGACCAGGUGGCCUCUGAGUCUCGCAACCGGAUCCGGGUGCGGCAGGACUUGGCCUCGCUGCCGGCCGAGCUCAUCAACCAGAUCGGGAACCGGUGUCACCCCAAGCUGUACGACGAGGGCGACCCUGCUGAGAAGCUGGAGCUCGUGACAGGCACGAACGUGUACAUCACCCGGGCGCAGCUGAUGAACUGCCAUGUCAGCGCGGGGACGCGGCACAAAGUGCUUCUGAGGCGGCUUCUGGCCUCCUUUUUCGAUCGGAACACUCUGGCAAACAGCUGCGGCACCGGCAUCCGCUCGUCCACCAACGACCCCAGCCGGAAGCCGCUGGACAGCAGGGUCCUGCAUGCCGUGAAGUUCUACUGCCAGAACUUCGCCCCCAACUUCAAAGAGAGCGAGAUGAACGCCAUCGCCGCUGACAUGUGCACGAAUGCCCGGCGCGUGGUCCGUAAGAGCUGGAUCCCCAAACUGAAGCUGCUGAUGGCAGAAGGGGACACCUACACCACGUUCAUCAACGACACUGGGAAGAUGGAGCCGGACAUCAUGGGAGUGGAGCACAACUUUGAGACAGGCAGUCACGACGGGGAUGCAGGGACCUCGGCCGAGAGCCUCCAGUAAAAACCGCUUCCUCCCUUUAGCCCUUUCCAUUCACUGAUUUCUUUUAUUUUAAUUUCUUAAGUUGAUUAUUUUUAGCGUCCCAUGUUGAUUUGAGUUUAAUCUGUUUUUUGUUUUUGUUUUCGGUUUGCCAGGGGGAAAAAAAAGUUGCACCGUCUCUUUAAAAAACCAAAAUCAUCCUCGGUUCCUAAUGCAGUGUGGGUAAUGAGAGAGGGGUCGGCGGUGUGGGCAGUUUUGAUCUCACGCUGUUCUUCCCGGGCGGGCGGAUGUUUUUGUGGGUAGCCUUGUGAGUCAAAUCGGGGAAAUCCCCCCCCCCCCUUUCCUCCCCUUCGCGUUGUGCAGGAUCCAUGCUUUUAAUGAGCUCUCUUUAAAUAGAUCUGUAAAUAAUUGAUUACACUCUAUAUGCAGGUUCUGUUUAUAGGUGGUUUGCAAAGGGGCAAUAAAUGAUGGAUCAUAUCUCAAGCAUAUCAAAGACAGGAGCGGAGGAUGUGUUGCAGCUGGAUCUAAGCUUCCCAUUGGAUUCGAUAACCAUCCCUGAGAACGGAUUAACCGUGCAUUCAAGCCGUCAUUAACCCCGUGCAAACCGCUUACGAAUGGAGCUUUCGUACAAAGUGUGCCCGGGUGAUUUUUACAGGAAAAUAAAAAUCCAAAUUAAGACCCUGAUUUCUAAAAAGCAUCUGUUCAAGACAGCAUGUAAGCAUGCGCUUAACUUGAAGCACCUCUUGAAUUCAGUCAAAAUGGGCCUUUGACCUUAUUCAUCUUAAGUGCCAAAGUCCCGUUUUCUUUCAUCCAUCCGCGUGUUGCAGUGAUGAGGGUGGAGAUAAAGGAUAGGGCUUAACGUGUGCGUCUCUGAAUGGGGGUUCUUUUUUUUUUUUUAAAGUCAAGUGACAGAGCAACGCUUCUGGCUGUGAUGUCUUUUCACAUUGCGUCUACACUGGAUUUUUUCUUCUUUCCCCUUCCCACCGCGUAGUGUCAGAUCCGAGUGCAGCGACUCACAAGUGACCUCUAUGGGGAUUUGAACCCUGCCCAGAGCCAACCCAAUUUCCUGUUGCUUUGUCUCCCUCGAGUGGCCAGGCUGCUUGUAAAGGUUUGAAUCCUCUAAUGGGCCACAUCUUUCAGCUCACCCGGUCGCAGUUUGGGCUUUUUUUGCCACAAGUCUGAGAUUCAGUCCCCAGCCAAGGGGGGUCGGGUUACGCUCACUUGAAAUUCGAGAUCAGCGGCAGAGCUGGGUGAAAAGUGUUGGCUGAGAUUUCUUUUGGCUGAAAAAGGCAGAUUCGCCGCCGAACCGGGGCAGUUUCACCCAAUUGUUUUGGCCCAACCCGUCCCCUGAAACGUUUUGUUUUGACAUUUUCAAAUGAUUUCAAUGUUUCAACAUAACGUGUGGUUUAGAAAUGACCUUCAAUUUUAUUUUAGCAAUACCAUUUAAAAAAAUGCUCCAAAACAAAACGUUCUGCUUCAGGGUGAACAGGUUUCGUUCAACCUGAUGCAACUUUUUUUCUGAUUUUUUUUGGGGGUAGGGGAGGAGUGCGCGGGCACGGAGGGUUGACACUGACGUCACUAUAGCUAAGCUGAUGUAAAACCAAAAUCCAGCAUAGAUGAGACCCUGAAUGCGAUAUGCAAGGCCGUGUUUGUUUUUUAAAUAGCAAGGGGCAUUGUCGAGGCAAAAGAAAAAGAGUAAUCUAUUUGAAUCCUUUCUGAUUAAUGGCAGGAUCCCAAGUUGUGAUUUUAAACGUGUAGACCCCGAUCCUGCAAACACAGACAGGAUUCAUCUGUAAGCGUGUGUGUGUGUGUGUUCAUUGACCUGUUCACAUGCUGCUUCUUAAGCACUAGGCCCUGUUUCCAUUCCUGGAAUUGAUGCUGUAUGUUUUCUUGAAAUGACACUGGUUAAUUUCACAUUCCCUUUCUAGUCAGUUUCACUUCUGUGUUGCUUUGCAGUCAGGGACUCCUGGGUUCUGUUCCCAGCUCUGGGAAUGGCGUGUGGACUGGUGGUUAUUACAGGGGGCUGGGAGUCAGGAUUCCUGGGUUCUGUUCCCAGCUCUGCUACCGACUUACCCCUCUCUGUGCCUCAGUUUCCCCAUCUGCAAAAUGGGGAUAAUGAUUCUUACCUUGGAAAAGCUGCUAAGUAUUAUUACUAUUGUUGUGGUUGUUGCAUCUGUGAACAUUUUUAAAUUAAAAGAAAAAACAACCACACCCCCAAAUUGGAAAUUAAAAUGCCAACAUGAAAACAUCGUUAUCCCUCUUAGAAUUUUUUUUUUUGCAACCUUCUGUUUUCUUUUUAAGUCAGUGCCCUAUCCCAGGAGUCGGUACCCCUUGGAGCUGAUAAAUCUUUCCCCAUAAUUAGGUUAUGGGGACAGGGAAAGUUUUUUAAAAAAACAUUUAAAAUGUAAUGUAAAAAAAUCUACAUUUCAGGAGUUGGGGGGCUGUGAAUAGUAACUUUGUUGGGGUCCGACCCCCUCUCCCACCCCCCUUGUGUAGCCCUGUACCCCAGCGGGAUCAGACUGGGGUGAUCAGCUGCCGGAGGUUAAGGAUGGAGGCGUAACGCCAUGUGGACGGUCUCUCUAGUUGCUGUAGCAAGUCAGAUCGUUUUGUGUGCGUGACGGCGGAUGGGGAGAGGGGAUUAGAUAGAUCUUGAUUUUAGGUGGGCUUUUGAUGCAUGACCUCAUCAGCAAACGAGGGAAGUGUGAUCUAGAUGAAAUUAGUAUCAGAUGGGUGGCAGGAAGACUCAAAGAACUGGGAGGAUGUCUCUUGCGGUGUCCCGCAGGGGUCGGACCGGGGUCUGGUCCUAGUCAAUAUUUUCAUUAAUGACUUGGAUAAUGGAGUGGGGCCCGCGCUUCUGGCAUGUGCGGAUGUCCAAGCCGGGGGGCGGAGGGGGGCGUUGCGGGCACUUUGGAGGACAGGGCUCGAAUUCAAAACGACUUGGACAAAUUGGAGAGAGAUGAAAUUCAGUAAAGACAAGGGCAAAGUAUUUCACUGGAGAAGGAAAAAUCAAAUGCGUAGCAGCUGGGCAGGAGGUCGGAUGGCUGAGAAGGAUCUGGGGGUUAUAGGUGAAUGUGAGCCCCCAAAGCGAAGCAGUUGCUAAAAAGACUCGCCUCGUUCUGGGGUGUAUUAACAGGAGGGCGGUGGGUCAGGUGUGGGAGGUCCCUGUCGCUCCUCAGCACUGGCAGGGUCUCAGCUGGAGUCCUGUGCCCACUUCUGGGUGCUGCACUUUAGGAAAAAGGUGGAUAAACUGGAGAGAGGCCAGAGGAGAGCGCCGAAAGGGAUCAAAGGUUUCGAACCCCUGGCCGAUGAGGAGAGGUUAAAAAACCUGAGCCUGGUUAGCCGUGAGAAA